CUGCCGCCGCCGCUGUUGUUGGGGUCGCGGAGUCAGCAGAGCGGGGAAACUCGUCCACUUUGACGCACGCUCGAGGAUUAUAAAGAAACCAACGCGACACCAACACUACCCGCUGGCUACUGCUGCUGCAGGGCGUUAAGGUCUCAUUGGCCGAUCAGAGGCGGCGGCGGCGGGGCAGCGAUCGGCUCAGAUCUCGGCUUCGCACUGUACAGGUGAACUCGCCCUCUGCCGGCAAAGCCCUCCGUCUGUGCUUUGACGAGACACUGGCCAGGACUUGCAAGGGACACACACCUGAGCAGAGGUUUGGAGAGCGCGGGGGCACUUACGCGAAGGUUGGAGAGAGUGGACAUUGCGGAGCGGAGUUGGAGAGUCGAACACUGACGAGUGAAUGUUGGAGAGUGGCCUCUGGAGAGGUGGACACUGAGGAGUGAUCAUCGGGGGAGCAGCGGGGCUUGCAGAGUGUGACGCUGGGCGGUGGACACUGGGGAUGGCGCGCUGUGCCCAGCUGUGUCUGCUCGUCGCGGCCCUGAUGGUGGUGGGCCGGCACGUUGUCGCCUCUCACGGUGACGAACCCUGCUCCAUGUGCAGAGGAAUCGUGGAGAACUUCAAGAAGGGCAUAGAGAACACUGCCAAGAAGAACUUCGGAGGAGGGAACACUGCGUGGGAGGCGGAGCGCGUGGCUAAGUACGAGCAGAGCGAGACGCGCCUGGUGGAGAUCCUGGAGUCGCUGUGCGACAAGACGGCCUACGCGUGCCACGCCAUGCUGGAGCAGCACGAGGAGCACCUCGAGAAGUGGUGGUUCCACAAGCAGCGUGCCCACCCUGACCUUUACAGCUGGUUCUGCGUGGAGAUGGCCAAGGUCUGCUGCCCGGCCGGAUCCUUCGGGCCCGACUGCAACCAGUGCCAGGGCGAAGCGACGCGGCCGUGUGCGGGGAACGGGCGGUGCGACGGCGAUGGGACGCGGCGCGGCACAGGGCUGUGCGUCUGCCACCCGGGCUACGUGGGCUCGCUGUGCCUCGAGUGCGAGGAGGAGGGCUUCUACUUGGCCCAGCACAACGACACGCACGCGCUGUGCUCCGCAUGCCACUCGGCUUGCAAAACCUGCAGCGGACCACAGCACACGGACUGCGGGGACUGCCGGCCCGGCUACGCCAAGCAGGACGAGGAGGGCGGCUGCGUCGACGUGGACGAGUGUGCGAGUGAGCCGACCCCCUGCCAUGGAAACCAGUUCUGCUCCAACACCGACGGCUCCUACGUGUGCAAAGUGUGCGACCCGGCGUGCGAGGGCUGCAAGGCCGCGGGCCCUGACAGCUGCCACAAGUGUCUGCGUGGAUACACGGAGCGCGACGGCGUCUGUGUGGAUGUGAACGAGUGCGAGGAGGGCCUCGCCACGCAGUGCGUGCGCGAGAACGAGGUGUGCGUGAACACCGAGGGCGGCUACCGCUGCGAGUGUGGGCCUGGCUUCCACGACCGCGCCGGGGCCUGCAAGCUCGUCAAGCCUCCAGGCGAGCAGGGCCUCUUUGACGAGAUCUCCGAGGACGAGCUGGUGGUGCUGCGGCAGAUGGCGGUGGGCGUGGUGCUGUGCGCACUCGCCACUCUCGCCGCCAAGGGCGACAUGGUCUACACCUCGCUGUUCAUCGGGGCCGCCGCCGCCACCGCCGGCUACUGGCUCUCGGAGCGCGGGGACCGCCUGCUGGACGACAUGCUCACCGUCAAGCAGUAG